AUGGAAACGCUCGCCGCCGCCGCGACUCCCGCCGAGGUCGAGACCGCGUCCUUACGCCAUGAUGGCGGCAGUCUGAGUCAAUCACGACACAAACCUCAAGCGGCGCACCGAUUCUCGUCUCGCACACGACACCAAAGGGCUUGUGCUACCUUCAGAGGCCUUGAAAGCCUACAUCAUCUCAGACGACAGCGAACUCGACGCGCUGGCGGUAGGGGUCCAAUGGCCGGCGGGCCAGAAGUGGGGUUCGGAGGAUGGUUUCAAGAUAUUUGUUGCUGACGAUUUACGCGGGGUAAGACAUGCGCCUGCGAUGUACUUUUGCUCUGAACCCGGCAGCACACAACUUAUGUUACGACAUUCCGAUACUCAGGUGUCCAGCCAAAGCAAAGUCGUGGUCUGCGGCAAAUCUGGCAAGUUCCCUUCCGUUCAACGACAACUGCCCCGACGUCGUUUCCCACUUUCCUCAUGGAGCGACAGCGGAUAAGCUGAGGAGUUGGGCAAUGACAAAGCAGAGAUCGAUGCGAUUGAGGAGAGAACGGGGCUCAAGCUGAGUGGCUGAUCUUCGUACGCUGAACGAGGUGUUCGAUUUCAUGGAGCUGAAGAGCACCCGUGGGGAAUGGUAUGCAGCGGAGGCGCAGGUCCUUAGGCAUCUCUACUGGAUGACGUCGACCCACCCGAUCCGACGAUGGGUCUUUGCGGCGACCAUGUGCGGGUGCUACCUCCGCGUUUACGUGCACACGCCAGCAGGAAUAAUCCAUACUACCCAGAUCAACUGCGCCUCGCCGAACGGCUGGCGCAUCCUCAAGCGAACAAUACUGCGUAUCCUCAAUGGGGACCUCGUUUCGUGGCACGGCGCUGUAUCCACUGCCGCCACAUUGCCAAUCUCGCUCUCACUGCGUGAUCUCCCAUCCGCAGCGUCCACCCGCCUUGCCGAAUCUUCCAAUCGAGGUCCAAGAGCUUCGUCAAUAUGGCACUCGUCGAGUAAGACAAGCAGAGGUGGGGGUGGUGAGGUGGCGGCUAAAACGACAUAUUGACGGCGAAGCUUCUGGACCUCGAUUGGAAGAUUGGGCAAGCGGGUGGACGCUGCGGAUGGGAGAUCACGCAGUGA